AUGCGCCAGGCGUUUGUCGGGGUCAUUCGGGUCGCUGCUUCCGCGUACGAAUUCCCCAGUCUCUGUUCAGAUUUCUCAAACUUUGGAACCGCUGGAUUUGCAAAGCCGCCCGCCUUGACGAACCAGAAUGCUCAGAAUGGCAGUUAUUUGAUGCGGAUUCCAGAGACGGUUCGGUCACGCCGAUGUGGCUAA